UGUGGUCUGUCUGUCGAGGCAGACUCCCGAGCACCUGGCAUUGUUCGCUUUACCGGCUACCGGGAUUAUCGUUUCAGCGGAAAUAUUCUCUAGAACAGCGGCAUCGCGUCCCGGAGACUACCAGCUAUGGCCCUGCUCCUCUCAGCUCUGUUCGUCUGCGUUUCAUUCUGUACCGUCAAUGGACAAAUCCAAGUUCCAUAUGUUCCCGGAAUCACACCCUACAAUUUACCAGGGAGGGUCACCGCAUCAACAUUCUCGCUGAAGAUGCCGCUCUGUUACUUCAAUCAGACUCUGACAGGCUGCACAGCUGCUCAGUGUGAAAUCUGGCUGGUGGUGGCCAGGAAUGCAACCGCACAAACCCUAUUUGAUGCCAUUAAAGGAAAUAUACUGAAUACCAACGUGAACUCCUAUCAGAAUGCUUUUACAAAUCCAGGGACCUUCUUUCUGACCAAAGUGGGGACUCAGCAAUCCUUUGUAUGUGACGAGCCGACUACAGUCCAGGUGUUCAGAGUGGGGUCUGACACCACGUGCACGGCUUUGUCUCCCACCUGUAACGGACCUCUCCCUCCCAAUGCGGAUCUCAGAGUGAAAUAUGUUCUCAUUGAUCCUAUCAUAAGCAAAAAAGUGGAAGUGGAGUCACAGUGGUCACAACCCAUCCUCCUCACACAGGUCAAGACCCAGCAGAGUAUUGAUGAGGGUUUUGGGAAGCGCUCCGGAGCGAUGAUUGUCAUCACUGUGAUUCUGACCUGCUUGACUGCCAUGCUGUUGUUUGGCUUGAUCACUGCAGUCAUCUUGCCCUACUGUGGCGUCAAUCGGGGUAAACAGGAGAUUACUGCCCCCACCUCCCUGGGCUCCCUGAGGGUGAAGAGGUACAACACCCACAACGUGCACAGCCCGACAACCUCCACCGCGGUGACCAACCCAAACAUCUGAGCCACCCCCUCCCAGCCAGCCAUGGAGAGAUGACGUGUACCCUACUGAUCUGCCAUCACCAUUCCACCACCCCCACCUUCCCCCUCCGUAUACCGACAGGGGAGUGUAAUUAACUCAGACACAGACCCCCCCGCCCCCACCCCUUUCUAUAGGUGGCUCCACUGUUAAACCAGAUGAGAAGUUUUUAGAAUGGUUUAAUUAUAUUUUACUAUUAUUAUUUCUGGAUACUUUUAAUCUGUUCUGUGUGCUGUAUUUUGUUUAUAAUCUUGUUUAAUCCAUACUUCUGUUUGUCCAUGUAAAAAAAAAAAAAGUCUAAUAUCUUUUUAGAACUACUAUAUUGAGAGCGACAAUCAGAGGGUUCUUCCCAGAAUGCCAGGUACGUGUUCCGCUUGCGAUUGCUAAAGGGGUGCUCCUUCACGCUCAGGGUGUCUGUGUAGCCACAGCUAGUCUAGGGCAAUUAGAAAAUAGCAAGGGAGUACUCUGCUACCCUAUAUUAUACAACACCCAGUCAGUGCGCUCUCAUUGAUCUGUGCGCUUGUCAGCCAUUCUCUUAUUACUAAUAAGAGAACGACAGUUAAAGCACAGAGAGAUGACACUAUUUAAUGACCCCUACUCUGAAACCUUUGGGGUUUAUUGACUCAGGGGUUCCAUUAUUACCUCAUAACAUGCUAUAGCAAUGCCAAUAUACCUUAAAUAAAGUUUAGGGACCUUUUUCAGAUGCUGCACUGCCCCGGCAUUUAGGGUCCAAUAAAAAGUUGAAAGGGCACAUUUCCAUUCUCUUCAUAGUGAAACGUUGCACACUCUGAUGUGUGGAACCUUCGACUGCACUGAAUUAAAAGGCUCAUUCCAAAAUACUUUGUUGCUACAGUGAGGAAAACCCCUUCUGGAGCUCCGCUCUCUAUAUAUGGCUGGUGUAAGGUUCUCACAAGAGCUUCUGAUACAUUUAGCCCAAACAUGUGUUGCUGAUAUUCGUAAUAAUAAAGAAAAUCAAUUGCAGUGUAGUUCACUGCUCAUUUAAAUAGAAUGAUUGCUUGGUGUGUAUAUAUAUGUGUGGGUUUGAGUGUAUAUAUCAAGAUUACUGCACUGUUUAUCUUAGGGAGUCCACCUAAUGGACACAAAGUGUUUGCUACUGUACCUUUUAGUAAAAGUAUUAUUAUUAUUAUUUCUUAAUUAAAUAAAUGUAUUUAAAUGAUA